AUGUCCUUAGUAUUUAACAAUGCCACACUAGUAGAUCUAGUACGCACUGACACUUAUGCAGGUACAUUAAGAAAUAUUGCUCAAGCACAACCAGCUUUGAAUAUUAUGGAAAAAUACUGGGCAGCUUGGUAUACUUAUAUGAACAAUGAUAUACUAGCGACAGGUUUAAUGUUCUUUUUAUUACAUGAAUUUGUAUAUUUUUUCAGAUGCUUACCAUGGUUCAUCAUCGACCAAAUCCCAUAUUUCAGAAGAUGGAAGUUACAACCAACAAAAAUUCCAAGCACAAAAGAACAAUUAUACUGUUUGAAAGCAGUUUUACUAUCUCAUUUCCUUGUUGAAGCUAUCCCAAUUUGGACUUUCCAUCCAAUGUGUCAAAAAUUAGGUAUUAGCAUUGAAGUCCCAUUCCCAUCCGUCAAAAGAAUGACUUUAGAAAUUAUGUUAUUCUUUGUGUUAGAAGAUAUGUGGCAUUACUGGGGCCACCGUUUAUUCCAUUACGGUGUCUUCUACAAAUAUAUUCACAAGCAACAUCACAGAUAUGCUGCUCCAUUCGGUUUAUCUGCUGAAUAUGCUCAUCCCGUUGAAACAAUGACUUUAGGUUUCGGUACCGUCGGUAUGCCAAUCCUUUACGUCAUGUACACUGGUCAAUUACAUCUUUUUACCUUAUGUAUUUGGAUUACAUUAAGAUUAUUCCAAGCUGUCGAUUCUCAUUCUGGUUAUGAUUUCCCAUUCUCAUUGAAUAAGUUCAUGCCAUUCUGGGCUGGCGCUGAACAUCAUGAUUUACAUCAUCACUACUUUAUUGGUAAUUACGCUUCUUCUUUCAGAUGGUGGGAUUUCUGUUUGGACACUGAAGCUGGUCCAGAAGCUAAACUAGCAAGAGAAGAAAGAAUGAAGAGAAAGGCUGAAACAGCCGCCAAGAAGAGAUCUUAA